AUGAAUCGACGCGAUGUCCAGUCGGCCAAAGACAUCGACGCGUACGUCCGCCAGCAUGCCAAGUGCGGCUACCACCCGUCCUGCACCUGCAAGAUGGGCGCGGAGUCGGACGCCAUGGCGGUGGUGGACGCCGAGACACGCGUGUUCGGCCUGGAGAACCUGCGGGUAGUGGACGCCUCCGUCAUGCCCAGCAUCGUCAGCGGGAACCUGAACGCACCCACCAUCAUGGUGGCGGAGAAGGCGGCUGAUAUCAUCAAGGGGGAGCCCCCACUCCCCAAAUCAACUGCUGCUGUUUACCGGCCCGAAACGUUAGAUGCUCAAAGAUAG